CCUCCAUCCUCCACCCACGACCUGCACUUCGCCAUGACCACGACGGCGCAGCUGCCGCGCGAGGCCAUCCUCUACUCUCUCACGCCCGCCCAGCCGUCGGGCCACGUCGCCGCCGUCGUGGCCGUGGUGGGCCUGAGUGCGCCCAACGCCCACGCGCCGCUCCUCACGCUGCGCUCCGCCGUGCCCGCACCCGGCGCCCACGCCCUGGCUCGCCUCGGCGCCGCACACGUCGUGCACGCCGAUGCCGCCCGUGCACUGCUGCACAUUCACGCCCUGCCCGGCAGCAGCGGCAGCAGCGGCGCCCUCGCCGCCCGCUGCAUCCCCGCCGCGCCGCUGCGCGCCCUGGCCGCGUCGCACGCCGCCUCGGCGGCCCUGGCGGCCUCGAGCGCCGCGGAUGGCCAUGUCUGGCUCUGGGACCCGCGCGGCCGCCUCUGUGCCAGCUGGCAGGCUGCAUACCGGCCAGUCACCUGUCUCGCAUGGACCGACGACGACGACUUCCUCAUCUCUGCCGGUGACGACUCGCGCAUCGCUGCGUGGAGCGUGGCAGCCCUGCACAAUCCGGCGUCUGCCACGCCCGCGCCGUAUGCGCUCUUCACAGACCACUCACUGCCUGUCACCGCACUUGCGCUGUCGCCGGGCAGCGGUCUGCGUGCUCGGCUGUACAGCACGAGCCGCGACGGCACGCUCAAGUCGUGGUCGAUGCGCACACGGCGACUGUUGCACACGCACAUCCUGCCAGCACCGCUCUCGCAUCUGGCGCUCGAUGCGUCGGCGCGCUUUGCCUUUGUCGCAGGCGACGUGCCGGCGGCGGAGCGCGGCGGGGGCAAGCAGCAGGGCGGCCGGGUCUGGCGGAUAGACUUGGUCACGCCGCAUGGCUAUACGGAGGGUGCUGUCGCCGGCGAGGCGCUCGUGACCCCGGCCCCUAUUACAUCCCUCGCGCUCUCGCUCUCUGCCACACAUCUGCUCGUCGGGCUCGCGAGCGGCAUGCUGCAGAUCUACGACGUGCACACCUCGCAGCUGCUGCGCACAGUGGAUCUCGCGCCCGAGACGACAACAAAGGCUCCUGUGCGCGCCGUGUCGAACCUGGUGCCGCUGCUCUUCACGCCGCCGCCGCCCGCUGGCUCGGGCGCAGGCGCGGCGCAGAAUGACGCGCCGCCGAUCACUGCGCUCGGGCGCACGAUUGAGAAGGCCGACGAGGCAGUGAUGGAAAUGCAGAGCUUCGAGCAAGGAGAUGCACUAUCUCACUGCGCCGUCGCUCGCGUCCAGCACGUACGCCGAGCCAGCUGCGGCUCCAGCAGCCAGCGUCGCCGACGCAGAGGCGGUAGCACGUGCGGCGAAGCAGGCAGCUGCGGCGCAAGAGGAGAUUGCGACGCUGCGGGCGCAGCUGGAGCGCGCCACGAAGAUGAACGAGGAGCUCUGGGCCGCCACAGUCGCCGGACAGGCACCGGCAGGGGCGGCGGCAGAGACGGGCGCUGCCAAGAAGCGGCGAGCGGCGCAAUAGCACACCAUCAGGAACGUGACAGACCCGCAGAGCGCGCUCAUGAGAUCGUUUAUGCUCAGUGGCGCGAGCGAGGCUGGAACGGAUUACAGGAGGAGAGGAGCAGGCCGAAGGCCAGAUGCAAGGAGAGUGGGCGGGGACUGCAUGAGGUAGGCACGGAGUAUGAUGCUGGAGCGGGCCACAGCCGACGACGCGCAUGCGGGGAAGCUGGCCGGGAGGGUGAUACAUGACACGUCGAGAAGAGCGGGACGGGUUGCGUUGCUCGCGGCAUGGAGCCCGAGGCCAAGGGAACGGACGCUUGGGCCCGUUGCGUGGCAGAGUGUCGUGCAGCGGGAGGAGGAAAGAAUGCUGGUGAAGGAGAGGUGGG